AAAUCUCUCCGUGCUCCUCCUUAAGCAGACAGCUAAUCGGCUUGUGGAGAAUCGAACAAAAUUCCUGCAAAUUGCCUGAGUGAAGGAAUAAUCCUAUUGAUAUCAACACUGAGUUCUUAGAAACUUGCUUGCUCUGAAGAAGAGAAGACAUAUAUAUGGAUAGAUGUGUGGUUUGGAGAAAUAGUGAAUGUGAGACGGUAACAUUAACGCAAGAGAAGUGGGCUAAGAGACGCUGCUGAAGUUUGCAUCUGCUGUUUAUUAUUAGAGGCCAUCAGGAAUUCAGAUACAUUACAGUUAUUACUCCAUGUCGAAAACUCAUCUUGUGUGCAGAUAACAGAAAAGAAAUGGAAGACUGGAUUGCAGCACUGAAGACUGUACAGAAUCGUGAACAUUUUGAGUCCACCCAGUACAGUAUGGACCAUUUCUCAGGGAUGCAUAACUGGUACGCCUGUUCACAUGCUCGACCAACAUACUGCAAUGUGUGUCGGGAGGCACUUUCUGGGGUUACAUCCCAUGGACUCUCUUGUGAAGUAUGCAAAUUUAAAGCCCACAAGAGGUGUGCUGUCCGUGCAACGAAUAACUGCAAAUGGACAACGUUGGCAUCUAUUGGAAAAGAUAUCAUUGAAGAUGAAGAUGGGAUUUCAAUGCCACAUCAGUGGCUUGAAGGAAAUCUACCUGUGAGUGCCAAAUGCAUGGUGUGUGAUAAAACUUGUGGCAGCGUCCUGCGCUUGCAAGACUGGCGCUGUCUCUGGUGCAAAGCCAUGGUACAUACCUCAUGUAGAGACUUGUUACCAACCAAAUGCCCUCUUGGACUUUGUAAAGUAUCCGUCAUUCCCCCCACAGCUCUCAACAGCAUUGAUUCAGAUGGUUUCUGGAAAGCCACUUGUCCCCCUUCUUGUACAAGCCCUUUGCUGGUCUUUGUAAACUCCAAAAGUGGAGAUAACCAGGGUGUAAAAUUCCUACGAAGAUUCAAACAGUUGCUAAAUCCUGCACAGGUCUUUGAUCUCAUGAAUGGAGGACCUCACCUCGGUUUACGUUUAUUCCAGAAAUUCGACACCUUUCGAAUUCUGGUGUGUGGUGGGGAUGGAAGUGUUGGAUGGGUUCUUUCUGAAAUUGACAGCCUCAAUCUCCAUAAACAGUGCCAGUUGGGAGUGUUGCCGCUUGGCACAGGCAAUGAUCUCGCCCGUGUGCUCGGCUGGGGAUCUGCUUGUGAUGAUGACACCCAACUCCCACAGAUACUGGAAAAGCUGGAAAGGGCCAGUACCAAAAUGCUUGACAGGUGGAGUAUUAUGGUGUAUGAAACAAAGCUCCCUCGUCAAGCAUCUUCUUCUGUGGUUACUGAAGAUUUCAGCGAAGAUUCUGAGGUGCAGCAGAUUCUCUUCUAUGAAGACUCUGUGGCUGCUCAUUUAUCCAAAAUCCUGACAUCUGACCAACAUUCAGUGGUCAUCUCAUCAGCCAAGGUGCUCUGUGAGACUGUGAAGGAUUUUGUAGCUCGAGUAGGAAAAGCAUAUGAGAAAGCACCAGAAAGUUCUGAUGAGUCAGAAGUCAUGGCCAGAAAGUGCUCUGUUCUGAAAGAAAAGCUGGAUUCUCUUUUGAAGACACUGAAUGAAGAAUCUCAAGCUUUGUCGUCCUUGCCAAACCCACCUCCUACCAUUGCAGAAGAAACAGAAGAUGGUGAUGGUUCUGGCAGUGCUUGUGAUUCUUCUAGUGAGCAUUCAGUAGGGUCAUCAUGCACUGCCCGUCCUCAGAUAUUUCAUCCACGUGAGCAGUUAAUGUUGAGAGCCAAUAGUCUGAAAAAAGCCAUCCGUCAAAUUAUAGAACAUGCAGAAAAAGCUGUAGAUGAACAGAAUGCUCAAACCCAAGAACAGGAGAGCUUUCUCCUCAGUCUCUCCACCCCUGAAGAAGGAAAAGAAAGGAAUGAGAAUAAAAUUUCCUUACACUCUUCACAUGCUGACAACUAUGGAAUUCAAAAAGGAAGAAGCCAUCGGAAAGUGAUUAAGUCUCCCUGUGAAAGAUUAAUAAGUAAAGGAAAUUUAUCAGUGGGAAGCUCUGCCUCUCUUCCUCCUCAGACAGGAAACCGGGACAGUCUACCAAUGCUGAAUGCAAAGAUCAUCUAUCCCAAUAUCCGUGCUGGAGCAUCUGGUUCUUUACCUGGAGGUUCUGUCAUCAGCCGAUUGUUGAUCAAUGCAGAUCCAUUUAACUCUGAGCCUGAAAAUCUUGAUUGUUACAUAGAGAAAUGUGUGAUGAAUAACUAUUUUGGAAUUGGACUUGAUGCAAAGAUCUCUUUGGACUUCAACAACAAGCGCGAUGAGCACCCAGAAAAGUGCAGAAGUCGUACAAAGAACAUGAUGUGGUAUGGAGUUCUUGGGACAAAAGAAUUGCUACACAGGACUUACAAAAACUUAGAACAGAAAGUGUUGCUAGAGUGUGAUGGGCGCCCAAUCCCUUUGCCCAGUCUUCAAGGAAUUGCUGUCCUCAAUAUACCCAGCUAUGCAGGAGGCACCAACUUCUGGGGCGGCACUAAGGAAGAUGAUACAUUUACAGCUCCUUCUUUUGAUGAUAAGAUCCUAGAAGUGGUAGCAGUUUUUGGCAGUAUGCAAAUGGCUGUCUCACGUGUGAUUAACCUACAGCAUCACCGGAUUGCCCAGUGCCGGACAGUGAAGAUAGCAAUCCUGGGAGAUGAGGGAGUUCCUGUGCAAGUUGAUGGAGAGGCCUGGAUCCAACCCCCAGGAUAUAUUUGGAUUGUUCAUAAAAACAGGGCACAAACACUAACAAGAGACAGGGCAUUUGAGAACACCCUGAAGUCUUGGGAAGACAAACAGAAGUGUGAGCUGGCCCGGCCCCCCUCUUUUUUGUUGCAUCCAGAGAUUAUAUCUGAAGAAGAGUCCACUCACAUCAAUCAAUUUUGCCGAGCAGCAGGCAUGCUGAUUCACAGCAUUCGUGAAAUAGCCCAGUCUUACCAGGAUAUGGAACAAGAACUUGCUCAUGCAGUCAAUGCUAGCUCCAAGUCUAUGGACAAAGUAUAUGCUAAAUCCAAGUCUACAGAGGGCCUGAACUGCAGUCUUGUGGUAGAGAUGGUGAAUAAUGUUAAAGCCUUGCAUAAUGAGACAGAACUUCUCCUGGCUGGGAAAAUGGCCUUGCAGUUGGAUCCUCCACAAAAAGAGCAACUUGUAGCAGCCCUGACAGAAAUGGACUUUCACAUGAGGAAGCUAGCUAAUAUUCCUUGGCUGUGGCAACUCAUGGAACCCAGUGAUGAAGAGAACCAAAUGCUGGAUUAUUCUAAACGCAGCCGGAGUGGCAAAUUUCGUCUGGUGACAAAGUUUAAAAAGGAGAAAAACAACAGGAAUAAGGAAACUCGUAGCAGCUUGGGAUUGCCGGUUCACCUCUGGGGAACGGAAGAGGUUGCAGCCUGGCUUGAGCAUCUCAGUCUUUGUGAGUAUAAGGAUAUCUUCAUCCGGCAUGACGUCCGGGGCUCUGAGCUCCUGCAUCUCGAACGGAGAGACCUCAAGGACCUAGGUGUGACCAAAGUGGGGCACAUGAAGAGGAUAUUACAUGGGAUCAAGGAACUGAGCAGGAAUAUUCCUGCCAGCGAGGCUUAGCAUCUGUUUUCCGAUCCUGUAUCUAACAUUCCCCCUGAUGUGUGCAGAAGUGAAACCUCACAGAGCAGACUUGCUCAGAAUUCUCUCUGUAGUAAGCCGGACACUAUCAGUGUUCAGUGCUCAUAUCCAACUUUUCACGGUGCUACCUUCUGCUAUGGAAUAUAGCAUUAUCCAAUCCGGUGGCACCUUGUCUUCAAAGCCAGUGUUACAAAGCCAUCAACCACCCCUUCUCCACCUUUACUCAGGCCUGGGCACAUUUGCAUGCUGUACUUUAGCCAGCCCCUAUAAACUAGCAUAUGGACCAGCAACUUUUUCUGGACAAAAGAGCCAAUAUUGAAUACUAGUAUGUUAACACACCUUGUGACCUGAAGACUGCAACAGAUACUAUGAGCUAUGAAAGCACCUGUUACUCAUGCAUACCUAAUGACAAGUAAUAAUUAUUCAGAAGAAGAAAAAUGGAAUUAUAAGCAAGCUACAUAGAGCAACCCAAAGAAAUAACUUAAUUAAAUAUAUUAUCAUACUAUUACUACAUAGCCUUGUAAACAAGUACCAAGUGGAGUCAAAUUAGGAAGAGAUCCUUUCUCAAUCAGUACCGUUUCUGUGGUACCAGAGAAAUGAAAUGACCACUGAUAUAAGUGCAGAGUCUGUUUUAACUCCUCAAGACUGAAAUGGUCUCAUUCUCCUGUAAUGCUAGUAGAUGCCAAAGGGAUGCUGUUGCAUUCUGUUCUGGCUUAAAACAUCAAGUGCCUAGAAGUAUUGAAAGAUCCCAGAAGUGCAUCCAAAAUAGCAUACUGAGCUGACUCUGUAUGACAUCACUGCUCAGUGCAAAAGCCUUUGGUUCUACUUAGUAUAUAAUUAAUUAAAUAGGACUUGCAUUUCUGGAGACAAAGAGGAACCAUCUGUGCACAGGAUUGGGCAGGGUAUAAUAUUUCUUUACUUUUCAUGACUGUUUCUGAACUUUACAAAGCCAGAGCAUUGUUGCUUAAAAUAUAUGCAGCAUUUUCUCUGUUUUAAGAGAACCUCUGCCAAAUUCUACAGAAUUUCUUCUCAGUGUUUCCAUUUAGUGACACCACUUUUGCAGGAGAGAAUGGCAUGGUUUAUGUAUGGAAAUCUACAGACAAAUCUGUAAUAUACUUUACUGAAGAUAUCAUGAACCUGAACUGGCUUUGUUCCACCGUUUGCAGAGAUGUUUUGCCUUAUUGGUAUAGAUUACUCUUACAGUAUUGAAUUCCCUGUACAUAAUGAAGGAUAGUGAAUUGUAAACCACACAGGUAUUCCCAACAAAGCUUACACUCCAGGUGCUUUCAUGUGCUACAGUGCUAAUGAUGGUAUGUGCCACCUUUUGCAGUAGGACACCAUUAAAUAGAAGAUUAUUCCUGCACUUUAUUAUUGGUGAGAAACAUAUGAUAACCUCUUUCAUUUCCUGAUGAACACCUCAGGGAGCAGAAUCAUCAUAUGAAAACUUGGGAGAAGGAUGCAGCAAAAAAGAAAAUUGAAAAUUUCCUAUUCAUUUAACUGUGGAAGAAUUACAGUAAUUGCUUAUGUGCUUCUCUUACAAAUCUCUUGUGGAACCAAAAGAUGUUUUCAUUAUUUGCUCCUGAGUGGAUUGUUUUUUCCCAAAGAGGAGCAGUUUUGUUGUAGAUCCUUGACUUGGCCUGACUGGACUCUUUUUCUGUAUUGCAUUCAGGUGGCAUCACCCUUUGAUACAAAUUGUAUUUGCAAAGAAUUCUGGAUUGUGUAGUUGUGGUUCUCUCAAGGAAUUGUCUUCCUGCACUUAUAUUGCUCCUUCAACACAUCCCCAUGUAUUUCUUUGUAAGGAUCACUUGGCAGCUUGAGCUGGAGGGUUCAGAAGUAUUCAAUUUUUUUUCUGUUGGCCUAGUCACGUGCCUUUGGAUUUACACUCCUAUAUAGAGACAGCUUAGGCCCAGGGCAUAUCAUUAAUAUAUUAAUUGCCACCAGAAACAAGGCAGUUUCCUUCUUCAAAACAGAAAUUCUGGAUCCCAGACAUGAUUUUUAAAAAAUCUAUUAGGCUGGCAAAACCAAUACCAGGGUGCAAUGAGCUGUACCUUCUGGUGUCUUCUAAGCUACUGGUUAUUAAAAAUGUUUUUGUCAGCUAAAGAAGGAGAACAAAUCAACACUGCCAUGGCAGGUUUGGCAUUUUAUCUAGGAGUCAUUAGAGUUCCAAUUAUAUUUUAAUAAAAUAUGACAUGUAAGGCAUUUGGUGACUCUAUUGCCUAGUCAUCAGACAUUUGACAUCUUUGAAAUAACUAGAGUUAGAAAUAAGACAGUGAUCUAUUUUGAGGCAAAGCAUAUUAUUUUAGAUGUUUUGUGCGCAUUUUUCAUGGAAGCACUAGAAUAUUACCUGCUAGUGUUUGUACUAGGUCCAUUACAUUUCAAGUGGAGGUGCGUUGUAAAGAAAUUUACCCAAGAAAGUGCCAGUCUGAACUCCUUUGGAAACAAGGAUUGCUCCAUUUAAUAAUAUUGGGUAAAAUGCAACGUUGCAUAAUCCUAUUUCUCCCCUAACCCUGUGUCCCCCCCACUUUUCAGAUCACCUCCAGAGGAUCCACUUUAAGGAUGUUCUGGGGAAACUGUUUCCUUCUCCAUUCCACUGUCUGGAACUCUUCCAGCAGGAGGAGCUAACAUGGACGUACAAACCAUGGUUUAGUGCACCUUUCAUUCAAGGUUAUAUUUUAGCACCCAAAAUACCCAGCUUCAGCCCUUUGCAGCUGUUAGACACAUAAAGGAAUGUGCACCACUAUCCUAUGCAUGUUUACUCCAGGAAUAAUUCACACUCAGAUAACUCACUUGUAAGUAAGUAUGCAUAGGAUAGCAGCCAAAAUUAUUUAUUAUGUUUAAUUCUGGUGAAUAUAUUGAUAUUUUCAGGCUAGGGACACUCAAGUAUAAAUUCCACUAGUUUUUGCAUCUCUGAUAGGAAUGGUAAAGAUGCAAUGGUACCAGUAUCUCUUGGAAAGGUGUGACCACCUAUAUCAUUUUAAAAUUAUUUUUGAGUAUUAUUUAAAGGUGAACAUAGUAUGUGGUAAAUUAAAGACUGUUUACACAAAACUCCUUGUAUCUUAACAGAUAUUUGUGAUGUAAAGAAAGAAAACGAACAUGGUUUUUAUAAGUCAUUUGAUGUCUGUCUUGUUGUCCAGUGAUGACUGUUCUUCAGGGGUGUUGAAACCAUUCUGAUGAUCUGUCGAGAAUACUGAAGCAUUUCCAUUCUGUACAGUCUUGGGAAGAAGGUUUUGUGCCUUAAGAAUAGAACAUGCUAUUUAUUAUUUUAAUUUAUACCGUGAUGACCAUGGAAACACCUCUUGUAUGUACAUAUUUUGCAGCUGGUUGUUGUAAAUAUAUUGUUCUUGUAUAUAAAGACAAUCUGUUUCUGA